AGUCCCGAACUCAAAAGGUCGCCUUCCCAUGUUCCAUGGUUUGGUCCUUCGUGGAUGGCCAAACUUCUCCUAGUUGUCUGUGAUUCUCGUCUUGCCUGAAGAUUGUUAACCACUCCGACUGCUCAUUUGCCAAAUUCCCCCGCUGGGUUUCCUGGACCCUUUUAUGUUCUAACUCUUUCUCCAGUCCUUUCGCGCGGCCGUCUUAUCCUUUUAUGAGCGUUGCUUUAAUAUUUUAGAAUUGUUGCCUCUUGCAAUCUACUUUUUCCCGCCAUGGUUCGCCAUCUUUCAGGCGCGUCCUCUAAAUUGAAUGGGGAGCAUGACCUGCCUGUGCCAUCAGUGGCACACAAUCACUACGCCAGGCCUUUGCAAAAUCGUUUCCCACUGAGCAUCUCGAAAGCCCUCAAGGAUGAGUGCAACGUCCAUCACAAGGCAUUUGCCAUGAUGUUGAUCGAUGAGCGGGGCCAACUGAGAACACACGUUUCACCCAUGCUCGAACGGCAUGGUAAGAUCAUAUUUCCUCGCGAGGCCCGAGAGCGUUUUGAGCAGAUCGUCAAUCAGCAGCUCGCCGAUGGCGGACCAAGAGUGCAAGAUGAUAAGUUUCCAAGUUUUCUCGACAACUAUCGAUCUGAAAGUCCACCGUUACUUCACGGACAUUCGUCCAAGCGCUCGGAGGUGAGCAAAGGGGUCAUCGUGGAGAGACAAUCUAGGCCGGCAAAACGUCGCAAAUCAAGCGCGACCCAUUUCAGAGAGGUCCGAUGGGGACCAGCGGACGACAGUGAUUCACCUGUAGACAGCGACUCGGUCGGGCGAUCAGACGAGAUCAUGUGCGAGCAGAUUGAAGUGGGAGAUACCAAGGCGUUAGACGAAUACUAUGAUAGCCGCUUCAAGCAAUUUCAGCAGCUAAAUUGCAAAGCUGUCGCGAAAGCCUGGAUCAAGGUUAUCGAGCCCAAAAAGCAGACUAAUUGGCCGUACAAAGACAGUGAGACUAAUGGUCCGCCGUGGUGGCCCAAAGACUGUCGUCAUCGAGAGCCAGAUCAUUUGAAAAAACCAGAGCGACUGAAGCUUCUUAUGACGAUGCUGCGGCUAUGGAAAACCGAUACGUCCAAGAAUAUCACGGUCAGCAAACUACAAGCAUCCACAAAUGAAAUCAUCAACACCAUCAAGCCUCCCGAGAAGCGGCCAAUAUUGGAUGAGAUAUAUCGAGUUGCUAAGGAAGAAGAGCGAUACGUCCGUGGAGAAAUAGGUAUAGUUUUCAGGAGGCCAAAGCCACUGCCAAAUCAGAAGGCUUAUCAUUAUAGAUGCCGAUACCCUCAUCUCUGUGAUGCCGUCCGAUAAAGCCGUGAAAAGCCCCAGAGAGCGAAAUCCCUCUACCGAUACAGAAGAGAUAGCUUUGCCAAGCAACGGUAGUUUUGAGGGACCGGAAGCCGCUGCCUCACGUCAGGAUAUUGCCGCGCACAUGGUGUCUCCGAUUAAUCAAUUAGCGUUGCCGCGCAGUCGCUCAGACCAGCACUCAGUGGCGUCAACCUCCCCAGCAUCCCUGUCUAACGGCCCAGAGUUUUACCA